GAAGAGGAAAUUUCUGCCCGCUUGUUGUGCGCUCGUGCUAGCCGUGCUUUUGUUACGUAUGAAAAACGCAACUUUCUGUUUGUGAGUAAAAGUGGUUUAAUGUUUGAAAUUAGAACACGCUACUAAUGUUCACAGCGUUUUAACAAAAGUACAGAGUGACGUCAGCUCUGUGAACUUCACUAGUGCGCGUGCUGGUUCACAGAGAGCGGUGAACCCCGGAGGAAAAGUGGCACCAUGGCGGAUGUUACUGCUCGUAACCUGCAGUAUGAGUACAAAGCGAACUCAAACUUGGUGCUGCAAGUCGAUCGUUCUCUGAUCGACCGCACUCGGAGAGAUGAAUCCACCGGGGAGGUGGUGUCCUUGGUGGGGAAAAUGGAGGGGACGAAGAUGGGUGACAAGGCUCAGAGGACCAAACCCCAGAAGCUCGAAGAGAGACGAGACAAGAGACGUAAAAGAGAUGAGGACAGACAUGAUAUCAACAAAAUGAAAGGCUUUACCCUCCUGUCUGAGGGCAUCGAUGAGAUGGUUGGCAUUGUGUACAAGCCUAAAACCAAAGAAACCAGAGAGACGUACGAAGUGUUGCUGAGCUUCAUUCAUGCUGCGUUAGGAGACCAGCCGCGUGAUAUUCUGUGUGGAGCAGCUGAUGAGGUGUUAGCGGUGCUCAAGAACGACAAAAUGAGGGACAAAGAAAGGCGUCGUGAAGUGGAACAGCUUCUUGGACCUUCUGAUGACACGCGCUAUCAUGUGCUGGUCAAUCUGGGAAAGAAGAUCACAGACUAUGGUGAAGACAAGGACCUGCAGAAUAUGGAUGACAACAUUGAUGAGACGUACGGUGUCAAUGUCCAGUUUGAGUCUGAUGAAGAAGAAGGAGAUGAAGACCAGUUUGGUGAAGUACGAGAUGAGCACUCGGAUGAAGACAGUGAAGGAGAGGAGGCUGUUGUGUCCACUAGGCUUACAACCAAUCUUAGCGAAACGGGUGGCGUGAUGACGGUGAAGAAAAAAGACCUACACCCUCGAGACAUUGACGCCUUUUGGCUCCAGCGUCAGCUCAGCCGCUUCUAUGAUGAUGCUAUUGUCUCGCAGAAGAAAGCCGACGAAGUCUUAGAAAUCCUCAAGACCGCCAGCGACGACAGGGAAUGUGAGAACCAGCUGGUGCUGCUUUUAGGCUUCAACACUUUUGAUUUCAUUAAAAUCCUCCGUCAGCACCGUCGCAUGAUUCAGUAUUGUACCAUGCUGGCGAGCGCUCAGAGCGAAGCAGAAAAGGAACGCAUCAUAGGAAAGAUGGAGUCUGACCAAGAGCUGUCCAAGAUCCUGUACCAGCUGCAAGAGACGGAGAAAGAGGACAUUAUUAGAGAAGAGCGAUCUCGCAGGGAGAGGGUGAGGAAGUCUCGUGUUGAUGACUUGGAGUCAAUGGACAUUGGUCAUGGAGAGUCGGUAGUCCCUCGGCAGGUUCUGGACCUCGAAGACUUGACGUUCACUCAGGGUAGCCACUUCAUGGCCAACAAACGUUGUCAGUUGCCCGAUGGCUCUUUUCGUAAGCAGCGCAAAGGUUAUGAAGAAGUCCAUGUGCCCGCCCUGAAACCCAAACCUUUUGCUGAUGAUGAGGUACUUGUUGCUAUUGAGAAGUUGCCAAAAUACGCACAGGCUGGAUUUGAAGACUUCAAAACUCUAAACCGCAUUCAGAGCAAACUGUUUAAGACCACCAUGGAGACUGAUGAAAACCUGCUAGUGUGUGCGCCCACGGGAGCUGGUAAGACAAACGUUGCCCUCAUGGCGAUGCUAAGAGAAAUUGGAAAGCACAUCAACAUGGAUGGAACGAUCAACGUGGAUGACUUUAAAAUCAUCUACAUCGCGCCAAUGCGCUCACUUGUACAGGAAAUGGUGGGAAGUUUUAGUAAGAGAUUAGCAAGUUAUGGCAUCAUUGUGUCCGAGCUGACCGGAGACCACCAGCUCUGCAAAGAGGAGAUCAACGCCACUCAGAUCAUUGUUUGCACCCCUGAGAAAUGGGACAUCAUCACUCGGAAAGGAGGAGAGCGUACCUACACCCAGCUUGUGCGCCUCAUUAUCAUUGAUGAAAUCCACCUGCUGCACGAUGAUCGCGGGCCGGUGCUGGAAUCUCUGGUGGCGAGGACCAUUCGUAAUGUGGAGCUGACUCAGGAGGACGUACGUCUGAUUGGUCUGAGUGCCACGCUGCCCAACUACGAAGACGUGGCUACCUGCCUGCGUGUCAACCCUGCAAAGGGACUCUUCUACUUUGACAACAGUUUCCGCCCUGUGCCGCUGGAGCAGACAUAUGUCGGAAUAACAGAAAAGAAGGCCAUCAAGCGAUUUCAGAUCAUGAAUGAGAUCGUCUACGAAAAGAUAAUGGAACAUGCUGGAAAGAACCAGGUUCUGGUAUUUGUCCACUCCAGGAAAGAGACGGGAAAGACGGCCAGGGCCAUAAGGGACAUGUGUUUGGAGAAGGACACUCUGGGUCUUUUCCUCAGAGAGGGUUCAGCAUCCACUGAAGUGUUGAGAACAGAGGCAGAGCAAUGCAAAAACCUGGAGCUCAAGGAUCUGCUUCCGUACGGGUUUGCGAUCCACCACGCUGGCAUGACCCGAGUCGACCGUACGCUGGUGGAGGAUUUAUUUGCAGACAAACACAUUCAGGUUCUGGUAUCGACAGCCACCCUGGCCUGGGGUGUCAACCUGCCUGCACAUACUGUUAUCAUCAAAGGAACCCAGGUUUACAGCCCAGAGAAAGGCCGGUGGACUGAACUGGGAGCCCUGGACAUUUUACAGAUGCUGGGUCGAGCUGGCCGUCCUCAGUAUGACACCAAAGGAGAGGGAAUCCUGAUCACCUCCCAUGGAGAGCUGCAGUACUAUCUGUCCCUCCUGAACCAGCAGCUGCCCAUAGAGAGUCAGAUGGUGGGCAAACUGGCUGACAUGCUCAACGCAGAGAUAGUGCUGGGAAAUGUUCAGAAUGUCAAGGAUGCUGUGAACUGGCUGGGUUACACCUAUCUGUACGUGCGCAUGCUGCGCAACCCCACCUUGUAUGGUGUUUCCCAUGACGACCGGAGUUCCGACCCGCUGCUGGAGAGGCGUAGGACGGACCUGGUGCACACCGCCGCCAACAUCCUGGACAAGAACAGCCUCAUCAAGUAUGACAAAAGGACAGGAAGCUUCCAGGUUACAGACCUGGGACGCAUCGCCAGCCACUUCUACAUCACUCACGAUUCCAUUCAGACCUACAACCAGCUGCUGAAGCCGACUCUCAGCGAGAUUGAACUUUUCCGAGUCUUUUCACUUUCCUCAGAGUUCAGGAACAUCACAGUAAGAGAGGAGGAAAAACUGGAACUUCAGAAACUUCUGGAAAGAGUUCCUAUUCCUGUGAAGGAGAGCAUCGAGGAGCCUAGCGCUAAGAUUAACGUUCUGCUCCAGGCGUACAUCUCUCAGCUCAAACUGGAAGGCUUUGCUCUCAUGGCGGACAUGGUUUAUGUUACUCAGAGUGCCGGGCGGCUAAUGAGAGCCAUAUUUGAGAUUGUGCUAAACCGCGGCUGGGCUCAGCUCACAGACAAGACCAUGAACCUCUGCAAGAUGAUUGACAAGAGGAUGUGGCAGUCCAUGUCUCCUCUGCGGCAGUUCAAGAAGCUCCCAGAGGAGGUCGUGAAGAAGAUUGAGAAGAAAAACUUCCCGUUUGAGCGGCUCUAUGAUCUCAACCACAAUGAGAUUGGUGAGCUGAUCCGAAUGCCAAAAAUGGGAAAGACCAUUCACAAAUACGUCCACCAGUUCCCCAAACUGGACCUGGCUGUGCAUAUUCAGCCCAUCACUCGCUCCACGCUCAAAGUGGAGCUCACUGUCACGCCAGACUUCCAGUGGGAUGAUAAGAUUCACGGAUCUUCUGAAGCUUUCUGGAUCCUGGUUGAGGACGUGGACAGUGAGGUCAUCCUCCACCACGAGUACUUCCUCCUCAAAGCCAAGUACGCGCAGGACGAGCACCUGGUGACGUUUUUUGUGCCGGUGUUUGAGCCUCUGCCUCCUCAGUACUUUAUCCGUGUGGUUUCAGACCGAUGGCUCUCCUGUGAGACUCAGCUUCCUGUAUCCUUCCGCCAUCUUAUCCUACCAGAGAAGUACCCCCCACCCACUGAGCUGCUGGAUCUGCAGCCGCUGCCUGUCACCGCUCUCAGGAAUUCAGCUUUUGAGGCUCUUUAUCAAAACAAGUUCCCCUUCUUCAACCCCAUUCAGACACAAGUCUUCAACGCUUUGUACAACAGUGAUGAUAAUGUCUUUGUGGGAGCUCCGACUGGCAGUGGAAAGACCAUCUGUGCAGAAUUUGCUAUCUUGAGAAUGCUACUGCACAGCGCAGAAGGUCGCUGUGUUUACAUCACCCCAAUGGAAGCGCUGGCUGAGCAGGUGUUCGUGGACUGGCACCAGAAGUUCCAGGACAUUCUGAACAAAAAGGUAGUUCUGCUGACUGGAGAGACCAGCACAGAUCUGAAGCUCCUGGGGAAGGGGGACAUUAUUGUCAGCACUCCUGAUAAGUGGGACAUCCUGUCUCGUCGCUGGAAACAGAGGAAGAAUGUGCAGAAUGUCAGCCUUUUCAUUGUGGAUGAAACCCACCUCAUCGGAGGAGAAAACGGACCUGUGUUGGAGGUCAUCUGCUCCAGGAUGAGAUACAUCUCUUCUCAAAUCGAGCGUCCAAUCCGCAUCGUGGCCCUAAGCUCGUCUUUGUCCAAUGCUAAAGAUGUGGCCCACUGGCUGGGUUGCAGCACCACAGCUACGUUCAACUUCCACCCCAAUGUCAGACCUGUUCCUCUUGAGCUGCACAUCCAGGGUUUCAACGUCAGCCACACUCAGACUCGCCUGCUGUCCAUGGCCAAACCGGUGUACCACGCCAUCAUGAGGCACUCUCCCUCCAAGCCAGUGCUGGUGUUUGUCCCGUCCCGCAGGCAGACCCGCCUCACCGCCAUCGACAUCCUCACUUUCUGUGCUGCUGAUGUUGUUCCUCAGAGGUUUUUGCAUUGUAACGAAAAAGACUUGACUCCGUUCCUUGAGAAGAUAAACGACGGGACUCUUAAAGAGACUCUGGCCAACGGCGUGGGAUACCUGCAUGAGGGCCUCUCUGCAACUGAAUGCAAAAUCGUGGAGCAGCUUUUCAACUCGGGUGCCAUUCAGGUGGUGGUGUCUUCACGUUCGCUCUGCUGGGGCAUCAGCGUUUCUGCACACCUCGUCAUCGUCAUGGAUACCCAAUACUACAAUGGAAAAAUCCAUGCAUAUGUGGACUAUCCCAUAUAUGAUGUUCUCCAGAUGGUGGGAAAGGCAAACAGACCCAUGCUGGAUGAUGAGGGACGCUGUGUCAUCAUGUGUCAGGGCUCCAAGAAGGACUUCUUCAAGAAGUUCCUGUACGAGCCCCUGCCAGUGGAGUCUCACUUGGAUCACUGUCUUCAUGACCACUUUAACGCUGAGAUCGUCACCAAGACGGUGGAGAACAAGCAGGACGCUGUAGACUACCUGACGUGGACGUUCCUCUACCGCCGUAUGACGCAGAACCCCAACUACUACAACCUGCAGGGCAUGUCCCAUCGCCACCUGUCUGACCACCUGUCUGAGCUGGUGGAGAACACGUUACAUGACCUGGAGCAGUCCAAGUGCAUCAGCAUCGAGGACGAGAUGGAUGUUGCACCCCUCAAUCUGGGCAUGAUCGCAGCUUAUUACUACAUAAACUACACCACCAUUGAGUUAUUCAGCAUGUCCCUGAAUGCCAAGACCAAGAGUCGAGGAUUAAUUGAAAUCAUCUCUAACGCAGCUGAAUAUAAGAACAUUCCCAUCAGGCACCACGAGGACAUGCUCCUCCGACAGCUGGCACAGAAAGUGCCCCACAAACUGAACAAUCCGAAGUUCAACGACCCCCAUGUGAAGACAAACCUUUUGCUGCAAGCUCACCUAUCCAGGAUGCAGCUGAGUGCUGAACUCCAGUCGGACACCGAAGACAUCCUCAGCAAGGCGAUCCGUCUGAUUCAGGCCUGUGUCGACGUGUUGUCCAGUAACGGCUGGCUGAGUCCCGCUCUAGCCGCUAUGGAGCUGGCCCAGAUGGUCACCCAGGCCAUGUGGUCCAAGGACUCGUAUCUGAAGCAGCUGCCUCACUUUACCUCCGAACACAUCAAGCGUUGUACUGACAAGGGUGUGGACAGUAUCUUUGACAUAAUGGAAAUGGAGGAUGAGGACAGAUCCGGUCUGCUGCAGCUGUCAGACAACCAGAUGGCUGAUGUGGCUCGCUUCUGUAACCGUUACCCCAACAUUGAGCUGUCCUAUGAAGUAGCAGAGAGGGACAAUGUCAAAAGCGGCAGUUCAGUUCUGGUUCAGGUGCAGCUGGAGCGAGAGGAGGAGGUGACUGGUCCGGUUAUUGCGCCACUCUUCCCUCAGAAACGUGAGGAGGGCUGGUGGGUCGUUAUUGGAGACCCCAAGUCUAACAGCCUCAUCUCCAUCAAGAGGCUGACUCUUCAGCAGAAAGCAAAGGUGAAGCUGGACUUUGUUGCACCUGCAGUGGGCGUUCACCACUACACCCUGUACUUCAUGAGUGAUGCGUACAUGGGUUGUGACCAGGAGUACAAGUUCAGUGUGGAUGUGAAGGAGGCCGACAGCGAGGGAGAAAGUGACUCAGACUAAGUUUUACUGAAUACUGUGUUGUCUCCGUUUGAGAGGGAAUCAAUGGGUGUUUUGUAGAUAUUCAACCUGAUUUGUUUCUUUGAAUUUAAACUUCUCACUUUUGCCCAAAGUAUGUCAGUUUUUUUUAGUGACCCGAUUGAUGAAACAGUCCAAAAUUGGUGUGCAGGAUCUGUUUUCCGUAUUAAAAAUGAAAUGCAUGUUUUGGAUUCAGCUGGAUCCACUGACAAUACUGCUUUAAGUAUGGGAAGCAUAAUUUUGUACUUUUCUUGUCAGGUUUGCUUUUUAAAAUAAAAGAUGCAACAAUUUGGCUUCAGAUUAUGUCUAAAGUUACAUUGCAGAUGUAAAAUGGUUUUCUCUAGAUUAGUAAACAUGUUUUUAAGAAUCUAUUGUCUGGCAUGUUCUUUUCUUUUUAUUAAAAUGAAACCACACA